GGUCACGUGAGGUGCACGUGAGAAACACAUCUUUCUCCAUCACUAGCGCUCUCUCUCUCUCUAAACAAACACAGUCUGUUUUGUUUUUGCAAGGGGGCUUGAAUUGAAUUGGAUCCAAAAUAAAGUUUCUAGGGUUUGCAAAUCAAUCAUCCGGCCCAACCAUCCAUCCGUCGCAUUGAUUAAUCACAGAAAUCAACAAUGAUAUAAGAAGCUGUAUCAAUCCAUCUAUACAAAAUCAUCUGAUCAGAAAUAGGCGCGAUGGAUGUGGAUUUCAACGGCGAUGUUGGUUCCCUGGAUGCGGAGCUGUUGCAGUUAGCGGAGGUUUCUUCUUUGGCCAUCAAAUCGAAUCCUUUCGUCGCUGAGAAGCUUUUCGAACAAUGGCUCUCGCUUCCCGACACUGUUUCUAUGGUAAAAUCCUUGCUUAACAAUGCCAAGGCCGGUGUUCCCUUAAAUGUUUCUGGAACAUGUUCUAGCCCAAAUGCUGCUUCAUCAAACUCCAUACCUUCCAUGUUUUCCGCUGGAAGCACGCCUCCGCUUUCACCCAGAAGUUCAUCUGGGUCCCCACGUAUUGUGAAACAGAGAGCUGGUCCUUCUGUAUUAGGUUCGCCGCUAAAAGUUCUGAGUGAACCAGUAAAGGAGGUGAUACCUCAGUUCUAUUUUCAAGAUGGCCGGCCACCUCCAAAUGAACUUAAAGAACGAUGUUUAUUUAGAAUUAACCAAUUCUUUUAUGGCCAUAUGGAUGGAUUGCAGAUAAAUGAAUUUAAACCAGUCACCAAAGAAAUAUGCAAGUUGCCUUCAUUCUUCUCCCCUGCACUUUUCAAAAAGAUUGAUGCUAAUUCAACAGGCAUUGUAACCAGAGAUGCAUUUGUUGAUUAUUGGGUAAAUAGCAACAUGUUGACGAAGGACACAGCAACCCAAAUAUAUAUAGUUCUAAGACAGCCAGAUCUGAAUUACAUCACUCAGGAUGACUUCAAACCUGUGCUUCGAGAGCUUUUAUCAACUCAUCCUGGCUUGGAGUUCUUACAGAGCACACCUGAAUUUCAGGAAAGAUAUGCUGAAACUGUUAUAUACAGAAUAUUUUACUAUAUGAAUCGAUGCGGCAAUGGUCGUCUUACCCUCAGGGAGCUGAAACGGGGGAACCUGAUUGCUGCUAUGCAACAUGCAGAUGAAGAAGAGGAUAUUAACAAAGUUUUGAGGUACUUCUCUUAUGAACACUUUUAUGUGAUCUAUUGCAAGUUCUGGGAGCUUGAUACAGAUCACGACUUCUUGAUUGAUAAGGAGAACCUUAUUAGAUAUGGUAACCAUGCACUGACAUACAGGAUCGUUGACAGAAUCUUUUCUCAGGUGCCACGAAAGUUUACUAGUAAGGUUGAAGGGAAAAUGGGGUAUGAGGAUUUUGUUUAUUUCAUACUGUCGGAGGAGGAUAAAUCAUCUGAUCCUAGUCUCGAGUACUGGUUUAAGUGCAUAGACUUGGAUGGAAAUGGUGUUCUGACAAGGAACGAGUUGCAAUUUUUUUAUGAAGAGCAGUUGCAUCGAAUGGAAUGCAUGGCCCAAGAACCUGUGCUCUUUGAGGAUAUUUUAUGUCAGAUAGUUGAUAUGGUUAAGCCAGAGAAUGAGAGCUAUUUUACGUUACGUGAUUUGAAAGGUGGAAAACUCUCAGGCAGUGUUUUCAAUAUCCUCUUCAAUCUUAACAAGUUCAUGGCCUUUGAAACUCGUGAUCCAUUUUUAAUUCGGCAGGAGCGGGAGAAUCCAACAUUGACAGAGUGGGAUCGGUUUGCACACCGAGAAUAUAUCAGGCUUUCAAUGGAAGAAGAUGCUGAAGAUGCCUCUAACGGAAGUGCAGAUGUUUGGGAUGAAUCACUUGAGGCCCCCUUCUGAGCCUUACAUGGUGCUAUGAGAACUUUGGUGCUGAUUAUGCAAGAAGUCGUAAAGUCUGCACUAGUUACUGAAGAGGAUCGUUAAUGCUACUAAAGCCUAUUGUUGACCAGGAAGUGAAAAGCUUAUUUGCCAUGCCAAUCAUAAGAAGUCCUGGAGAAUUAAGGUGCUAGAUUGGAAGUUUUAAACUAGGAUAUUAAAGAUUUGCCCAGACAGCUAAUCAGAAACAGUUAGAAGUUUCAGCACCUGUUACUUUAGGUGUAAGAGUUUAUUGCUCCUUCUAGAGUUUAUUUUUUAUUUAUUUUAUUAUAUUGCAUAUCUGCAAUUCUUCUCAUCGAGAUUAAUUUUUGUUAGUUCUGGCUGCUGUGCCCUAUAGUUAAUAUUUUUUACCGACUGAAGUAUUCCAUAUGGUUUUGUUCA